AGCGGAGGUUUCCGCACAGGACAAAAUGUCUGCGAGGAUCUUGGACUGGAUCGGUGACACCACACUCCCAGCACGCCUCCCUCCACGCUCCGGGGAUGAUGGAGUUAUUGGAACUUCAGAGAACUUCAAAUAGAACUUCAAAUGUACAGCUAUCUGUCCUCUGAAUUUACUCCUAGCACUGCUGAUGGUUCUUCAGAACUCAGGGAUCAUGCUGCAGUGUUUCUGUCUGAGAACUUCGGUUGACUGGAAAUGCCGAGGCAAUGACAGGGACCCCAAGGCCUUCAGGACAUGGCCCACCAUCUAAUUUAAAGACGCUGCAGAGAGGAUGAGAAGCGAGGAGCUGGCAGUGACCAUGGAAGAGACCCGUGGGCCUGACGAUGCUGAAGCGCAGGGCAGCCCGUGUCCGGGCCUGACGCCGGCGCCUCCCGGCCGCCUGGGGGCGCCAUACUCCGAGGCCUGGGGGUACUUUCAUCUGGCCCCCGCACGCCCGGGACAGGCGUCGGGCCACUGGGCCACCUGCCGGCUGUGCGGGGAGCAGGUGAGCCGGGGUCCGGGCUUCCACGCUUGCACUCCGGCGCUGUGGAGGCACCUGAAGAGCGUGCACCGGCGAGAGCUAGAGAAGAGCGCCGCCGGCCGCUCGCCGCCGCCGGCCCCCGGCCCCGCCGCGGCCGCUGCUGCAGCCGCCGAGGGCGACUGGGCGCGCCUCCUGGAGCAGAUGGGCGCGCUGGCCGUACGUGGAAGCCUGCGCGAGCGCGAGCUGGCGCGGCGCGAGGCGGCGGUGGAGCAGGGCGAGCGCUCCCUGGAGCGGAGGCGCCGGGCCCUGCAGGAGGAGGAGCGCGCGGCGGCCCUGGUGCGGCGCGAGCUGCAGGCCGAGAGGGAGGCGCUACAGGCGCGGCUGCGGGAAGUGACCCGACGCGAAGAUGCCUUGGCCUUCGCCGCUACCCCGCUGCAGACUGCGCUCAAAGAGGAGCCCGAGGGGGAGAGGGACGGAUACAUUGUCACGAAAGUCUUCCUGUAGGUGUUGGCCGCUCCCACGGCGCCAUGGCAGCGCUACUUCAGGUGUGGUCCGCGGACCAACGUCUUCAGCCUCACCUGGAAGCUGAAUCUCAGGUGCUGCCCCUUGCUAGAUAGGAAUCUUAAAUACGGGGCCUUGAAAACACACUUUGGAAGCCAGAGCAGAACCGAAAAUCACUUCCACUCCGCGGCCGCCUGGGGCGCAAGCUGUUGGCCGUUAGUGGGCAUCCGUGCAGGGCGCGGUUUUCCUCCGACUGCCUUUGAGAGGAGAGCUCCAGCCGCCCCUUGAACCUAGAUUAUUCGGAGCCAUGUACCUAGUGACUGAAAGCACAGAAGCUUCCUUAUACACCAAAGAUUACCACAGCAUGUGGCUGUACACCAGCCAUGGCAACCCAGGGUAGAGGACCCAUGGAAAUGAGGAUAAAGCAUUUUACCCAAAAAAGUGUUUUACUCAUUUCCUAAUGAGUAAAUCUUCGAUGAGCCGUCUUUGCCCAGCACCAAGUUCUGAAAAGGGGGCCACUUAGUUUCCACAACUGCUCUUUACCCUCAUCAUCUCUAGUGCCUCGGCAGGACAAUCUUA